UCAGAAGGAAGUGACGUGGUGGAGAUUUGCGGCGAAGGCAGCGGAGAGACAGCUCUCCCGACGGCGGAAAGUUGAGCCACGUAUAAACACACUCUGGACUUCGCCUUACUACUACUUACUUACUACCACUCUACACCACCAUACUGCAACGCUCCAAGUCACACAAUCGACGGGGAAACAUUCUCUCAGACCCGACUAUUCUUCUUUCCGUCCGUCCCUUAUCUCCUCAUUACACAACAUAAUGUAUCGCCAGCCUUUCGCGCCGCCGCCAGCACAGUCUCCUCCGCUUCAUCACCCUGUACCGCAGCAUGUUUCUACCGUGCCCAUGAUGCGCUCACCACCUCCACCGGCACCUCAGCAGCCUCAGAUGGCAGGCUAUGGCAAUCCGUAUCAGCCGUCGCCUGUGCAGGGCGGCAGUGGGACAUAUAACCCAGGGUUUGGGGGGUUCAUCAAUGAUCCCACGGCUCAGAUGGGAUUUCAAGUCGGCAAGACGGCGAUGGCGGCUGGGCAAGAGUACAUGGAACAGAACUUCAAUCGCUACGUCUCUAUCCCCGCGCUCAAACACUACUUCAACGUUUCCAACUCCUACGUCCUGAAUAAAGUCCUUCUUGUCCUUUUCCCGUGGAGGCAUAAGCCAUGGUCUCGCCAACAAGCGCGCCUCACAGCAGCAGCAGCAGGCCCCGACGGCCAGAUCUCCCAGCAGCAAUACUCGUCCAUGUUCCUCCCUCCUCGCGAUGACCUCAACUCGCCCGACAUGUAUAUCCCCGUCAUGGCCCUCGUCACCUACAUUCUCCUUACGUCGAUGCUGGCGGGCUUCCGUGGUAACUUUCAUCCAGAAUUGCUUGGGUCGACAACCACGACGGCGAUUGCGGUCAUUUUGUUUGAGAUCCUGGUCUUGAAGAUGGCCAUGUACAUUUUGACCAUCAACAAUGAGUCGCAGCUUUUGGAUCUUGUGGCUUACUCAGGAUACAAAUUUGUUGGGAUUCUUGCGACACUGGUGACGGCGGAGAUCCUGACUCCAGGGAAGGGGACUAGCGGUUGGAUCGGCUGGGUUGUGUUUAUCUAUACAUUCCUUGCUAACGCUUUCUUCCUGCUCCGCUCCUUGAAGUAUGUUCUGCUCCCCGACUCGACCAGCGACGCUUCGAUGCGCACCGGAUCUAUGCACACCGUUGCGCGCUCGCAGCGCAACCGCCGUACGCAGUUCCUGUUCCUCUACUCGUACAUCAUCCAGUUUGUUUUUAUGUGGGUCCUGAGUCGUGAAGGACCGAUUUAUGUUCGGGCAGGACCUGCUCAGUGAUUUGUUUUAUUUAGCAUGAUAUAGAUGGAGCUAUGAGGACAUAAUAUAGCCAACUUUCAAAAGCGUACUACAGUUCCGUUGAAAAAGUUUACGAGAUGUAAUGGAUGGAUAAAUAGACAUGCAAAACGGAU